UGACGCUCUCAACCAUGACACUUAUGGGUUACGCGAACGACGCGAACAAGGACAACGCUGCGCGGCAAACGCCACCCCGGGAUAUAAUUCACAAUCUGCUCGAGACAUGGCACGUCCCCGGCGUGUCGGUCGCAGUCAUCAACGGGGACCAGUCGUGGACCGAGGGCUUCGGGCUCGCCGAGCUGCCGCUCACGCCCUUCACUGCAGACACUCUUUCCUACAGCGGCAGCACCACCAAAGCACACGUCGCCGCCCUCCUUGCCCUCUUGAUCGAAUCCGGCAAGUACACCGACGACAGGGGCCAGCCGCUGUCAUGGAAGACGCCCAUCUCGACGCUCAUUCGGGACGACUUUGUGCUGCAGGACGAGUGGGCAACGGCCCAUUCGACGCUCGAGGACGCGCUCUGUCACCGCACCGGCCUGGCCAAGCACAACAACGCGUACCUGCGCUACGUUCGCCCGGACGGCUUCCACGGAGAAAGGAGGCUGAUUACGCUGCGAGAAAUGGUGCGCAGCCUGCGGCACUUGCCCAUGGCGAGCGAGCCGCGCACGACCUUUUGCUAUAGCAACCUCAUGUAUGCGACGCUCUCGCACGUCGUCGAGACGCUGACGGGCCAGUGGCUGGGCGACGCGCUGCGUGCGUGGCUAUGGCAACCCUUGGGGAUGAGCAGCACGUACCUGUCUCUACAAGACGCCCUCUCCUCCGGCUCGCAGGUGGCCAGGGGUUACAUCUGGGACGACAAGCAGAAGCGGGCGUACACGGCCCUCCCGCGCAUGCCCACGGAAGAGGUCUCAGGCUCCGGGGCGAUCAUCACGUCCGCCGCGGACAUGGCCAGGUGGAUGCGCUUCUGGCUCCGCGAGCAGCACCCGCUGUCGGCGGCUGGGCAUCGGAGCGUGCGGCGGCCGCACAUUGUCAUCGGCGGCGAGGGCGGAGGCGGCGACCCUGCGCCGUACGACACGCCGCUCAUGUACGCCAAGGGCUGGCAGACGUCGUCGUACCGCGGGCACCGGUUCUGGACGCACCACGGGGGCAUGGACGCGUUCGGGGCCCAGGUGACGUUUUUCCCGGGCCUGGACUUUGGCGUCGCCGUGAUGGGCAACACGGCCUUUACGGCGAACGCGGUCGCGGAGAUGGCGACGUGGCACAUGGUGGAUGAGAGGCUCGGGGUGCCGCUCUCGGAGAGGUUUGACUGGAUGAACAAGUGGCAAAGCGCGGUACGGCAGAUAAGCGACAACGUCCGCGACGGCCUGGACAAGAUCUAUCCAGACCGGCCAGCGGUCCCCGUGCCUCCCUCCUCGCUCCCCCCGUCGAGCCACGCUGGGCUCUAUCACCAUCCCGGCUACGGCUACAUCUACCUCGAGGCAGUCGAGGCCAGCGAGAUGGCCGACACGAACCUCGUCCCGGGGGCACAGCUGCGCGCCGAGCUGCCAGACAACAACUUCCGCGUCAAGUGCGACUUCGUGCACGUCUCGGGCGACGAAUGGAUCAUGUACGUCGACCUGCAGGAUGCCCCACUGGCGCUCACAAUGCACGACUUUGCCGCCGUCGAGUUUCGGAUCGGCGCCGGCGAAGUUGCGGCCAUGGGGAUCGAGUGGCGCGCGAGGAGCGACGUGGAGGGAUGGAUCUGGUACGAGAAGAUGGCGGUGGAUGGCGGCGGCGGCGGCGGCGCUUCGUAAGGUGUGAUGCUGUGGCUAGAUCUGCAGAGGGGGAGUGCCUCCAACACGACCAACAAAGAUGCAAUGCAUGUAUGGAUGGAUGGAUGCUAUACGACAAAGUCAACACGUCAAGCGAGGCGACGAGUUGGCGGCUGGCAGCGCGCAAGCCAAGGUUCAAAUACUCGUAGCCACUGCCGCCGCGCAUCCACACUCAGGCUACCAACUGACUGGCCCGUCGUCUGGGCAUGAGGCGUGGUCUUGGGCUCUUCAACGCCACCAUCCCAAACGGCUGGUAACUGUGUGGGCAAAGAGACCGACAGUUGAGUGAGUGACGAGGGUUCCGCGACGCCCGCCUAGAAUUGAGUUUAGCCACCACAAGUCGUCCGCCCAAAGUCGCUCCCAC